GAUUUCAGUCUGGCGCUGUGUUGAUUUUUCUUAGAGAUUAAUGUCAAAUUACGUGCUUUGUUAAACCCUACUCUAAAUCUUAAUUGUUCGGCAGGUGGUAAGGCAGGCUAUCUGUCUCCGACACAAAUUAACUACUUUAAAUACUUGUGAGGCCUCACACGGAGAUAAUCUGUCAAUCAGGUGCAAGGGGCCAUUUGUUUUGAUCAGAAACGUGUGGUGCCAAUGACCUCAUGUGUUAGAGGAGCCAGGGAGGAUUGAGACACUACAAAUAAAACCAGCAGGAUUCAUUCAGGCUAUUUUCUGUCUUCCUAAACUACACACCUUUAGAUAUUGAUGCCUGAUCAACCAAUUUGAUGGAUUACAGUGCUGCUAACUGAUUGUGAAUUUAUUUACAACUACAGAAAAAGGCAAAAUCCUGUCAAAAUUCUAAAAUGUCUAAUAAGACAUUUAACAUGUCUACUGAGAACCACAUUGAGACCACAGUUCCUCUGCCGCACAGAGGCCUAGAGCUGGGCCUCUGUCCUGUCUCUCCUGAGAGUCAGUACAGCGACUCGUCCCUGAGCCCAUCACCUGAUUCCCCCAGUAGUAUUUCCAUCCUGAGUGAGAGAGAAACCAGCAGCUCCCCUGAUAUUAACAUGCUGGAGUUCUGCCUCAACGAAGGUUCUCCUGUGGAUAACUCUUGCAACACCACCUUACUACAGGAUAAUGUAUUGUGUGGUGUAAGCAUGAACCUGAACCAAACUUUUAUUACCACACCUGUUAAUGACAGUGUAAAUUUCUGGAAUGAAAACUUGAGCCUGGUGAGCAGUCAAGACACCACAUCAGAGAAGUACCAGACUUUUAGUAAAAACACAGAGUGUGGAAGUCGCAGCGUAGUGACAUCUCCAGACUCUGCUGGGAGGGACAGCCAACUGAGUUCAUGUGAGACAUCUCGUAGAGGAUCCACUGAGAAUGACUGCUGCUCCAUAAGCUCUGGGCAAGUGGUGAUGAGGAGCAAUAGUUUCUGUCUGGCAGACCAGUCACUCUUGGUAUUCUCUUCCCUGGACGAGUCAUCCGUCUCUCCAGCCGCAGGACAUCCAGCAUUACCUGCUGAAUCUAACCUCUUGUCACCCACUCUGCCAGAUGUGUGCGAAAAUUCCACAGAAAGAGUUAUUGAGGAGAACCAAGGCCAUUCGUGUCUUGGCAUGACUUUCAUUCAGGCAGAAAAUUGGGGGCUACCCCCUGAGGAAAAUGAUGCGGAAAUAUCCAACUUUGUUGUAGCACUGCCAAGUGAGAAUGAAGCAGGUCUGCUGAUGACCUUUGUUUGUGAAACAUCUAUCUGUGAAUCAUCAUCAACUGAUGGUGGAAAAGAGGUGCAAUUUGCUAGUGCUGAAGGCAAGACCUUUGUCUCCACUCUGUCAGCUAUGCAAGACACUGAUAAGGAUAUUCAUACUUCCACACCAAUACAAAACAUUGGGAACAAGAUACCCGACCUCUUCUCCUUAUCAGAGUCCCCCUGCAUUGGAAAUACAAGCAGCCCAGGACUCCACCCUGCUAAACAGCAGCAAACCUCUGUCACUCCUAAACAACGUUUGGUUGCAGGACUGUCUCCUUCAGCCAGUAAAGGGAAGAGAAUGGAAAUUAAGAAGUUUCCCAAGUCGGACUUCAGCAAUGUAAAAUCUAAAGUUGUGACAAGAACUGUGCAUCAAAUGUCUUCACAGCACAAACCACCGCAAGGUAAUGUGCACGGCAAACACACUGAAACACAGAAAGGAGCAAAUGUCAGGAUCAGUCCUGCUAAGGUGAAGAGUAGCACUGCAGCUGUUUCUGCCAACUCUAAAAUAGUCAGUGAUGCUCAGAGAGGAAUGAGUACAGGGGCUGCUUACUUGUGCGAGACAGUGAUACAGUCAUCUGGCCAUACUGCUGGAGAUGAACAGGACAAGAGUAGAGCAUCCUCACCUCAUGGCCCUUCAGCUGCAAAUACACAGGCUGUCCGAUGCAGUAACACCAGCUCUGAAACAGAGCAGGCAGCCUCAAGCCAAGUAGUACAGCAUGCUGGCAACGAGACCUUCUGCUUUUCAUCUUUAGAAAAAUCCCCCGAUAGAGGAGGCCAAACAGAUCCCAAACCGACUCCAAAGAAGGGCGUGUCAAACAAAAUUGAGGUCAGGUCAGGCUCAGCUUUAGGUCAGGACAAGACUUCUGGGCUCAAGACACGGCCUCGUUGCUCAUCGGAGAGUUUGUCAUCAUCAUCAAGACCACUCAAGGAGCAGAGAACAACUCUAAGAUCCUCAACUAGUUUUACCAUUCCCAAAGAUGACAUCCACCAGGGCCAGACCAAACCAGGGAACUUGAACUGCUCUCCUCAGAAUAAACGGGACAUACGGGCAAAGGCCACAAAGGGACUUGCUGAAAACUCUAGUAGAGAGUUUAAGAAGAUCAGCCUGGUGGUAGAGUCCAGCAAAGCAAAAGCACCAGGAGCCUCAUGGGAUGAGAGUAAGAGCAGGUUUCGAAUACAGCCAUCCCCUAGACGAACAAGACAGCCUCUUUCACAGCUUCCAGCUGCCAGUCCCAGACCAGCUACUCUGUCAACCAGGCAGAGGCAAGCGACUUUGGGGAGGGAUGAAUGCAGGAUCUCCAGAGCUGCAGGCACACCACAAGCCAAGCAGAAGAGCACUGCAGGCAGUCAUAGGGCUCAGGCAGCAGGAGAGUUGUCCCUUGGAACUGCUUCAACAGCAAAUAUUAAGCCCCAGCUGAAUGGAUCCCGACCUCCGCAGACUCCCACUCGCCCCUCUCUUAUGGGCCCUCCCCCAACUUCUGCUUCUAGACUACCACGCAAGACCCUGGGGCCAUCCAGGAGCCUUCCUGGGACCAGUGUUCACAAUGAGCAGAGUGAAGGUGCUGUGAGUACGCAAGUUGCUGGAGGAGCUGCACAGAAAACAACUCCAUUCAAAACUACUGUACUGAAAGCAAAAUUCAUCACAACCUCAGGGAAAAGCACCGGACCAAUGUGCAAGCCUGCUGCUUCUACCAGCAAAGGAUCUUCGAAUUCUACAGUCAGUCCCCUGAAAAGGACGGCUUCUGCAAGACUUGUUCGUCUAACUUCGAGUGGACCUGUGGACAAGAACAAACCCAAGACCAGCUCCUCCCAGCAACAACAUCAGCAGCAAGUAUCACAAAACCAGAGUAACGGACCUCCAGAUGUGGUACCAGCGGGAGUCGCGGAGAGUGAAAGAAAGGACCAGAGCAUCCAGCAGCUCAGGGGACUCCUCGCAGCCAGUAACCGCGGAUUUGAGGCAGUCGCCGUCGUCUUGCAGCAUGCUCUGGCUGAGCGUGAUGAAGCCACAAGGCAGUGCAGGGAGCUGUCCCAGGAGCUGGUCAAACUUCAAGGAGAACUGGUUUGCUCCAUCCAUUCGUCUGAACGUCUGGAGAAGGAGAAGGAGGAGUUGCGAGUUGCUCUGGAGGAUGCACUGCAGAAACUGCAGGCGCAGCACCAGAAGGACCUGAGUGAGCUGGAGCAGAGACUGGAGGCCUUCUAUCAGGCUGAGUGGGACAAGGUCCACCUCACCUAUCAGGAGGAGGCUGACAAGUGCAAGACUCUCAUGCAACAGCAGAUGGGAGAGCUUAAAGCCAAUCAUGAAGCCAUGAAGCUGGAACUUAAGAAAAGCCAUACAGUGGAGCUGCAGUGUGUUGAACAGCAGUAUGAAAAGUCACUGGAAGAGCUCAGGAAAAUCCACAAUCAGGAGCUGCAGUCUUUGGACAAAACUUUGAAAGAUGCUGAAUCCGCUCUGUCUGGACAGAUUCAGGAGCUGACUGUGGAGAACAACGCCCUAAUAGAGAAGCUAACAGCAGAGGAGAACAAGAGGAGAGAGCUGGCCGAAAAGUGUCAGAAGGACUCUCACACCCUGUAUCUGGAGCAGGAGCUGGACAGCCUCAAAGUGGUGCUGGAUAUCAAAAACACACAGCUUCACCAGCAGGAAAAGAAGAUGAUGGAGAUAGACAAACUGACAGAGAAAAAUGUGAAGUUGGAUGAGAACCUGAAGAAGGUCCAGCAGGAGAAUGAGGACCUCAAAGCUCGCAUGGAAAGACAUGCUGCACUGUCAAGACAGCUGUCUACAGAGCAGGCGUUGCUGCAGGAAUCCCUUCACAAAGAGUCCAAGGUGAACAAGCGUUUGUCAAUGGAGAACGAGGAGCUGCUGUGGAAGCUCCAUAACGGAGACCUGAGCAGCCCCCACAAGGUGUCCCCCACCUCCACUUCCCCUUCCCACUCUUUCAGCCUCCAGUCGCCUCGCAGCUCCGGCCUCUUCUCCAGCCCUCCCGUCUCACCCAGAUAACAACGGGCCCCUGCUUCAAGCAAGCAGACAUUCUCAUUUUUGAGUUGUCCCUCUGGAAUGAAGAGCCAUGUUUGUUUCCUGUGCGCUUAGCAACACAACAGCCCAGCCUUGGCUCCUUCAGGAUUGAAUUAACUCUGACACUACAGAGACACUACAAACUGAAAAAAAUGUUGCACAGAAGCACUUAAAAAGCAAGGCCACCUUGUUCUUUGCCUUUCACAUCUGAGGGGGGAAGGAAAUCUCAGGACUUCUAUGUAAUGAAACACUAUUUUUGUUAUGUGUAGUUGUUGGCAGAGGCUUGUCUUUCCUGAAGCUCAGCACACAUACAGUACAUGCAGUAAAAAAUACACGCAUGCAUGCCUAUGUAUACAUGCGCAGAUACAGCCCUGCUGUAUGAGAGAGAGGGCAUCUUUGUGUGUUUGGAGACCACAGCCAUGGAAAGUCUGAAUUCAAUAUUACUAUGGAUACAGAUGACACUGUCCCUCCUCAGGGUGUAUUUUUAUUUAAAUGCGUAUGACAUAUGUCAUUGCUUCUGUUGGAUUCCUGCACCAUUUCUCACAGCCAACUGUACAAGAGUGACACUGUAAAUUGUCACAUUACCAACAUCCCACUGCUUCUCAGCUGGUCAACAGUGCUGUACAGGCCUAAAUCUAAAAAAAAAAGAGAGAUGAUCAUUUUCAUAUGCAGGCUGUUCAUCCGCCCAGAACUCUGGUGGGCAUGUUCAGAAUUUCUUUAAGGUUAUUUUUAGAUCAACAGUUUUAAGUAUGAUCUGUGGCCUCAAACAUGUUUGUUUUUUCACUUUUGUUUGUUCGACCAAGGGACCAAUCCAAGUCUUUGUGCAUGUGUUCGAGUCUUGUCAGUCACCCCCUUAUUGAACUCCUUAACGCAGCUUUAAAGUCAGGGUCUUUGCAAAGAGUUGACGGGAAGAAGCUUUGCUUGUUCAUAUCGGAGACACUGCAGCUUGGAAAUGUCUCAUAAAGAGUAUUUGUGUGGAAUUGAUGUUAUCGGUGUGUUGACCCUGUUUGAAAUAUGCAAUAAAUAAAGUCUUGUAUUAAACCUGGUA